ACCAUUAAAGCAUGCAAAGUUGCAAGCCAAGCUAUGAAUUGAAAGCUUUUCUUUCCACAUGAAAUCACGAAAUCAAAGGCUGCAGUUUAGAGUAUUGAAUGGGUAGAAGAAAAAAUAAAAAAUUUUGAUCAUGUGACGUAUCUAUUUACUAUUUUAUUUCACUUUUUUUUGGGUUCAAAGUUUAAAACUUUGAAAAGGACAGGUGUUUGGCUAAUAAUGGCUUCCCUUCUAUGUAAGCAGAAAGAUUAGAGCUUAGAUUUUGAGAACUGAGUGGCAUAUUUGAAGGGGAAACAAAGGGCACUGUUAUUUAUGCGAGAAAGCUUUAAUGGAUUCAUGUUGUGUUGCCUUGAAAGUCAAUUCUCAUUUGGUGAAUGUAAGGAAUAGUGGCUUUGGCAAUGGAGAUAACGCAUUUCUGGGGGAGAGAAUUAGAGGGAGUCUUAAUAACAACAGUGUUUGGGUCAAUCGGGUGGCAAACAGCUUGAGCACUUAUAAUAAGAAAGCUAUGAAGAUCAAACCUGGCGCUUUUGCUGUUAUCACAUCAAAUAAUCCCAGAGAAGCCAAGGCCUUACCGUCACGUCGAUUUAACAGACAAAGAGUUGACCCCAAGAAUGUGGCUUCAAUCAUAUUGGGAGGAGGUGCAGGGACUCAUCUCUUUCCCCUUACCAGAAGGGCUGCCACGCCUGCUGUUCCAAUUGGAGGAUGCUAUAAGCUGAUAGACAUUCCAAUGAGCAACUGUAUCAACAGUGGGAUAAACAAGAUUUUUGUUCUGACACAGUUCAAUUCGGCUUCCCUCAACCGGCACGUUGCCCGCACGUAUUAUGGCAAUGGUAUAAAUUUUGGAGAUGGGUUUGUGGAGAUUCUGGCAGCCACUCAAACAUCAGGAGAGGCAGGGAAGAAGUGGUUCCAAGGAACCGCAGAUGCUGUGAGGCAAUUCAUAUGGGUAUUUGAGGAUGCGAAGAAUAGGAACAUUGAGAAUGUAGUGAUCUUGUGUGGGGAUCAUCUCUAUCGAAUGGAUUAUAUGGAAUUCGUACAGAGUCACGUAGACGGUAAUGCUGAUAUUACAAUUUCAUGUGUGACGAUGGACAACAGCCGUGCUUCUGAUUAUGGACUGGUGAAGAUAGAUGGCAGGGGCCGUAUUGUCCAGUUUUCUGAAAAGCCGAAGGGUGCUGAUUUGAAAGCAAUGCAAACAGAUACCACUCUUCUAGGGUUGUCUCCCCAAGAAGCCGCAAGUUGCCCUUACAUUGCAUCAAUGGGAGUCUAUGUAUUUAAGACGGACGUUUUAUUAAAGCUUCUGAGAUGGAGAUUUCCUACUUCCAAUGACUUCGGGUCUGAAAUCAUUCCUGCUGCAGUUAAGGAACAUGACGUCCAGGCAUAUAUUUUCAAAGACUACUGGGAAGAUAUUGGAACCAUAAAGUCCUUUUAUGAAGCCAAUUUAGCCCUCACUGAAGAGUUUCCUAAGUUUGAGUUUUAUGAUCCAAAGACACCUUUCUAUACAUCUCCUCGAUACUUACCACCGACGAAAAUUGAUAAAUGCAGGAUUAAAGAUGCAAUAAUCUCCCAUGGAUGCUUCUUACGAGAGUGUAGUGUCCAACACUCGGUAAUUGGCGAACGCUCACGUUUGGACUCCGGCGUUGAGCUUCAGGACACGGUUAUGAUGGGAGCAGACUAUUACCAAACUGAGCUCGAAAUUAUAUCUCUACUAGCAGAGGGUAAGGUCCCGAUCGGAAUUGGACACAAUACCAAAAUCAGUAACUGCAUAAUCGACAAGAAUGCAAAGAUAGGAAGAGAUGUGAUCAUUGCGAAUAAAGAUGGUGUUCAAGAAGCGGAUAGGUCAGACGAAGGAUUUUAUAUCCGGUCCGGUAUCACCAUCAUACUAGAUAAGGCAACAAUAAAGGAUGGUACAAUUAUAUAAACCAGAUCGGAUCUUAAAUUACUUUCACGGAAAGCUCUGAGCUUGGAAUCGAAAGGGCACCAUCGAAAGCUGUCACGGUCCAUUGCGGGAAGAAGGUUCUGAAGGUGGCAUUUGCAGCAUUUUGCCCUGGGAAAAGUAAAACAAAGAAGCUCCACUACUAUGAAUUACUUUUUAUGUAAAUUACAAGCUCUUUUUGCAGUGUAAGGUAGAUAUUAGAUAUGUUAGUUGGCUAAGCAAAAUAAAUCAAAUGGCUAAGGGGCCCUUUGUUUCUUUUUCUGUUAGUAGAGUAAUUUCUUUUUGAGGAAAUGAAGGGUUAAUGCUUGUAAUUUA